GCACCUUUUGCGCUAUGACGCCAAACAAACGGAAGUGACCAAUAACAAUUUCCACGUUAAGGUUAUUGUCAUUUAGACGUUUAAUAACACACUGGGCCAUUGUUCAUUUAACUGCACAGCAUCACAUACUUACCCCAGGUUGGGUUUAAUUCGCGUUAGCUAACUGUGACGUUAUGGUUUUUCACACUCAAAUAGCCUCCAUUAUGGAGGUGCUCGCGAAUGCCGCAGUGGCAGAGAUCUGUAAACUCGUAGACGACGACUAUGCAGUGUUCCGUUUGGAAAUAACUCAAAGCCAGAAAGAAAACAGGACAUUGCGGAGGAAACUACAGCUACUGGAACUGAAGGUAUCACGGGAGCGCGUCCUCGCGAGUCGUCCCAAUAGUGUCAAGAUCUUCGACCGAAACAGAGGAAUGGCACGAGGACAUCUCACUGGAGGACACAGGAGCAUUGUCAAGGCAGCAGGACCAAAUGCGUGGAGAGAUGACCAACCAAUCACUGUUGAUGAGGGAAAUGGAACCUCAACCCAGCAUGUUAUUGUGAUAGAGUCUGCAGAGGCUGCAGGUCCUGGAGGAUUGUCUCUGGUCAAGCAGGAGAGUACUGAAGGAGAGAACCCAACACACAGCAGAGACAUCCAGACUGGAGCAGCGGCUGGAGUGGUGCCCCCUGUUGCCGUGGAGGACCUCGCCACCACGCCCCAGCACAGGACCCGACCCAGCAUCACGGAGGUGGUGAAUCGCAUCUCUGCAUGUCUGGCAGACAUAUCAGUGUGGAUGACGGAUCACCACCUCAAGCUGAACCUCGGCAAGACGGAGCUGCUCUUGCUCCCGGGGAAGGACUGCCCGUUCCAUGAUCUCGCCAUCACGGUUGACAACUCCAUUGUGUCCUCCUCCCAGAGUGCUAAGAACCUUGGCGUGAUCCUGGACAACACCCUGUCGUUCUCAACUAACAUCAAGGCGGUGACCUGUUCCUGUAGCUUCAUGCUCUACAACAUUCGCAGAGUACGACCAUGCCUCACGCAGGAAGCGGCGCAGGUCCUAAUCCAGGCACUUGUCAUCUCCCGUCUGGAUUACUGCAACUCGCUGUUGGCUGGGCUCCCUGCCUGUGCCAUUAAACCCCUACAACUCAUCCAGAACGCCGCAGCCCGUCUGGUGUUCAACUUUCCCAAGUUCUCUCACGUCACCCCGCUCCUCCGCUCUCUCCACUGGCUUCCAGUUGAAGCUCGCAUCCGCUACAAGACCAUGGUGCUUGCCUACGGAGCUGUGAGGGGAACGGCACCUCCUUACCUUCAGGCUCUGAUCAGGCCCUACACCCAAACAAGGGCACUGCGUUCAUCCACCUCUGGCCUGCUCGCGCCUCCCUACCUCUGAGGAAGUACAGUUCCCGCUCAGCCCAGUCAAAACUGUUCGCUGCUCUGGCACCCCAAUGGUGGAACAAACUCCCUCACGACGCCAGGUCAGCGGAGUCAAUCACCACCUUCCGGAGACACCUGAAACCCCACCUCUUUAAGGAAUACCUAGGAUAGGAUAAAGUAAUCCUUCUAACCCCCCCCCCCCCCCUUAAGAGUUAGAUGCACUAUUGUAAAGUGGUUGUUCCACUGGAUAUCAUAAGGUGAAUGCACCAAUUUGUAAGUCGCUCUGGAUAAGAGCGUCUGCUAAAUGACUUAAAUGUAAAUGUAAAUGUACAACUUGAUUGGAGUCCACCUGUGGUAAAUUCAAUUGAUUGGACAUGAUUUGUAAAGGCACACACCUGUCUAUAAAAAGGUCCCACAGUUGACAGUGCACGUCACAGCAAAAACCAAGCCAUGAGGUUCAAAGGUAUUGUCCAUAGAGCACCGAGACAGAAUUGUGUCGGCACAGAUCUGGGGAAGGGUACCAAAACAUUUCUGCAGCAUUUAAUGUCCCAAGAACACAGUGGCCUCCAUCAUUCUUAAAUGGAAGAAGUUUGGAACCACCAAGACUCUUCCUAGAGCUGGCCACCUGGCCAAACUAAGCAAUCGGGGGAGAAGGGCCUUGGUCAGGGAGGUGACCAAGAACCAGAUGGUCACACUAACAGAGCUCCAGAGUUCUUCUGUGGAGAUGGGAGAAACUUCUAGAAGGACAACCAUCUCUGCAGCACUCCACUAAUUAGGACUUUAUGGUAGAGCGGCCAGACGGAAGCCACUCCUCUGUAAAAAGCACAUGACAGCCCGCUUGGAGUUUGCCAAAAGGCACCUAGAGGACUCUCUGGGCUGAUGAAACCAAUAUUGAACUCUUUGGCCUGAAUGCCAAGCGUCACCUCUGGAGGAUAUCUGGCACCAUCUUUACGGUGAAUCAUGUUGGUAGCAGCAUCAUGCUGUGGGGAUGUUUUUCAGCUGCAGGGACUGGGAGACUAGUCAGGAUCGAGGUAAAGAUGAACAGAGCAAAGUACAGAGAGAAAUCCUCGAUGAAAACCUGCUCCAGAGCGCUCAGGACCUCACUGUGAAGGUUCGCCUUCCAACAGAACAACCCUAAGCACAGCCAAGACAACGCACGAGUGGCUUCGGGACAAGUCUCUAAAUGUCCUUGAGUGGCCCAGCCAGAGCCCGGACUUGAACCCGAUCAAACAUCUCUGGAGAGACCUGAAAAUAGCUGUGCAGUGAGGCUGCUCAUCCAACCAGACAAAGCUUGAGAGGAUCUGCAGAGAAGAAUGGGAGAAACUCCCCAAAUACAGGUGUGCCAAGCUUAUAGCGUCAUACCCAAGAAGAGUCAAGGCUGUAAUCGCUGCCAAAGGUGCUUAAACAAAGUACUGAGUAAAGGGUUUUGAAUACUUAUGUCAAUUUCUCAUUGUGGGUUAUUGUGUAUAGAUUGAGGGAUUUUUUACAUUUUUUAGCAUUUUUAGAAUAAGGCUGUAAUGUAACAGUUUAUUUAGUAAAUAUUUUUGUAACUCUUAUUUUUCUUAACUAUGUUAGGAUUUACCUAGGGGUCAUGAUUGGGGCUGUACAAAUGUUUGGUGUAUAAGAAUAAUUGAUUAUGCUUAUGUUAUAUUAAUAGAAGGGGAGGGGUUAAAAGACCCCUCCCUCCUUACAUUUAUAGGGUUUUAGACUACUGAUUAACAAUAGAUAUAGUCAUUGUAGAAGUUUAGUAUUGUUCUACAUUUGUAUUUUAGUUCUCUCUCUCUUUUUCUGCCUCAUGAUAAAGAGGAGAUAACACGAGGUAAACAUUCCACAAUAGGUCAACUUUGGGGGAAGGGGACAUUUACUGCUAAGUGUUUAGCUAACAAUAAGGGCCUUGUUUAUACAGCUUUGUAGGCAUGGUUUUGGUCCCAGGAGUAGAUGAUGAUAUAGGCAGUGAAGUCACCAGGGAGCGACUUAGGGUUUAAUAAAACCACUGGAGACCUUUUGUUUGAUGCAGAACUUACUCAGAAACAUGCGUGCUAUGUUCCUGUUUGUCAACUUCUGUCUGCAAUUGCAUUGAUAAAGGUUUUUGAAUGAUUUAAUUAAAUAUAUUGUCAUAAUGCUAAUUUCACCAAUGAACCAAUGAUUGACAAAGAAGGACGUAAGGAACGAACCCUAACAACUACAUUGUUGGUUAAGAGCUUGUAAGUAAGCAUUUCACGGUAAGGUCUACACCUUUUGUAUUCGGCGCAUGUGACAAAUACAGUUUGAUUCGAGGCUGGCAUUCUGAAGAGUAAUUAAAGGGUCCACAUGGGCGAAUUCCUACAGCUGCUCCCAGAGUGAGAAGAGGUUCUCCCGCCAGCACCAGCUGAAGGUCAACAUGGGAGAAAGGGUUCUCAGCUAGGAGAUACAUUAGGAUACACCAGCAGAAAAAGCACAUGGCACAUGCACACAGUGUACAAAACAUUGGGAACACCUGCUCAUUUCAUGAGACUGACCAAGUGAAAGCUACCGUCCCUUAUUGAUGUCACUUGUUAAAUCCACUUCAAUCAGUUGGGAUGAUGGGGAGGAGACAGGUUAAACAAGGAUGUUUAAGCCUUGAGACUAUAGAGCCCCAGUGGAAGUGUCAUAAUACCCAUAAAACCUAGCAGUCAAACAGGGAAAUGGUUCCAAUUGUUUUCCCACCAAUUUUCCCAUAGGGGAUUUUUUAAGGGCUGUGUUUCGUGUAGGCCUACCCUGGCAUGACAUUUGAUAACCAUGUAAAUCUCUCUCAGACAAGGUAACUUUUGGGGUGGCAGGUAGCCUAGUGAUUAGAGCGUUGGGCCUGUAACCAAAAGGUUGUUAGAUCGAAUCCCUGAGUUGACAAGGUAAAAUCUGUCAUUCUGCCACUGAACAAGGCAGUUAACCCACUGUUCCUAGGCUGUCAUUGUAAAUAAGAAUUUGUUAUUAACUGACUUGCCUAGUUAAAUAAAUAAAAAAUGUUUAUCAA